UCCUGGAUUCCCCGUCUCACGAAAUGAAGGCCGAUUUGUUUUUCCAAAUCAAAACUGCAAUUUGCUCUUUGUUUUUUCUUCUAUCUGCAUCUCCUCUCCCGCACCCGCACGCCGGCCUCCUAUAAAUCCGAUCGACGCCACCGUCUGUUCGUCCCCCAUCCUCACAUCCGUGUACGUGAGUCCCCUCGCGUCCCCAUACCUUUUCCUCCAACCGCGCGGUACGUGCGUGUUCGUUGGAGGAGCGGAGCGAAGAUGUCGACGUGCGCGGCGGACCUGGCGCCGCUGCUGGGCCCGGCGGCGGCGAACGCGACGGACUACCUCUGCAACCAGUUCUCCGACACGGCCUCGGCGGUGGACACCACGUACCUGCUCUUCUCGGCGUACCUCGUCUUCGCCAUGCAGCUCGGGUUCGCCAUGCUCUGCGCGGGCUCCGUCCGCGCCAAGAACACCAUGAACAUCAUGCUCACCAACGUGCUCGACGCCGCGGCUGGGGCGCUCUUCUACUACCUUUUCGGCUUCGCCUUCGCCUUCGGGUCGCCCUCUAAUGGUUUCAUCGGGAAGCAGUUCUUCGGGCUCAAGCACCUGCCCAAGACCGGCUUCGAUUACUCCUCCUUUCUCUACCAGUGGGCCUUCGCCAUAGCCGCCGCGGGCAUCACGUCGGGGUCCAUCGCGGAGAGGACGCAGUUCGUUGCCUACCUCAUCUACUCGGCGUUCCUCACGGGAUUCGUCUACCCAGUGGUGUCCCACUGGAUCUGGUCCGUCGACGGGUGGGCCUCCGCGUUCCGCACGUCCGGCCCGCUGCUCUUCAAGUCCGGCGUCAUCGACUUCGCCGGUUCCGGCGUCGUCCACAUGGUCGGUGGCAUCGCUGGGUUCUGGGGUGCGCUCAUCGAGGGCCCCCGCAUCGGACGCUUCGACCACGCCGGCCGCUCGGUGGCGCUCAAGGGCCACAGCGCGUCGCUCGUCGUGCUUGGCACCUUCUUGCUCUGGUUCGGCUGGUACGGGUUCAACCCCGGGUCCUUCAACAUCAUCCUCAAGUCGUACGGCCCCUCCGGGAGCAUCAACGGGCAGUGGUCGGCCGUGGGCCGCACGGCCGUGACCACGACGCUGGCCGGCAGCGUGGCGGCGCUCACCACGCUGUUCGGGAAGCGGCUCCAGACGGGCCACUGGAACGUGGUGGACGUCUGCAACGGUCUGCUCGGCGGGUUCGCGGCCAUCACCGCCGGGUGCAGCGUGGUCGACCCGUGGGCGUCCCUCAUCUGCGGGUUCGUCUCCGCGUGGGUGCUCAUCGGGCUGAACGCGCUCGCCGCGCGCUUCAAGUUCGACGACCCGCUCGAGGCCGCGCAGCUCCAUGGCGGGUGCGGCGCGUGGGGGAUCAUCUUCACCGCCCUCUUCGCGAGGAAGAAAUACGUGGAGGAGAUAUACGGCGUCGGCAGGCCGUACGGUCUGUUCAUGGGCGGCGGCGGCCGCCUGCUCGCCGCGCACAUCGUUCAGAUCCUGGUCAUCGCCGGGUGGGUGAGCUGCACCAUGGGCCUGCUCUUUUACUCUCUCAAGAAGCUCGGGCUGCUGCGCAUCUCGGCCGACGACGAGAUGUCUGGCAUGGACCUGACCCGGCACGGUGGGUUCGCUUACGUCUACCACGACGAGGACCCCGGCGACAAGUCUGGGGUUGGUGCGUUCAUGCUCAAGUCCGCGCAGACCCGUGUCGAUCCGACGGCGGUGACCAGCAACCCGCAGGUGUAAUCAAGACCAAACGUGAGAAGAAAUUACGCGUGCUUGACUUUCUCUUCUCGCGUCAUAUUUGAUCUCGUAUCUGCCGGUUCUGUUUGGGCCAAUGCUUUGCCAUUCUGGUGUUGCAAGAUCGUAAAACAAGAGUAGGAGGGACAGGUACAAGUGUUCUUGUUCUUGUUGGGGUUUCUGUGUACAUGCGCCGUUUAGAGUCUUGUGUAUUGUGGAUGGAAUAGGGAGGGGCUAGGGUUUAUCUUAGCUAAUAAUGCUGCUUUUUUUGUGUGGUGGAAUCUUAUGAUCACAAGGUGUGGUGGACUGCUGGUCAAGAUAGGUGGCUGCUGAUGGUUGAAACAAUUGGUGUGUUCUGUCCUGUGGUCUCUACCCCUCCAUCAAAACGUUGUCUUGUUCCUUGAAUCUAGUGGCUUUGGAGUGAUGCUUUUGUAUGGAGUACAUAUUUAUUUUAUAUUAUCAUAUUCUGAAUUCCUUUC